UCCAAGCGGCAAGAAAUCGGUGGAUUCAGUGAACUGAUAAGUUUGAAUGUGCUGACAUCACAUCACUGGGAGCCCAAUACACUCAUCGCACCGACAGUGAAAGCCAAUUUAAUUGAAAUUUGUCCCAGCACAGAAGACGUCGUUAUAAAUGUCCAUUUCACUAUCAUAGAGAACCACAUUCUGAUAGGCAGAAAAGAAACAGAACCAAGGGAUGAAGAUAAAAUGCUGCUAGAACAGGUUCAGAGCAUCGCCUCUGUGAAUACAACUGAAAAUGUGCAAAAGGCAGGGCGCAGUGAGUUGGAUGAGGUGAACGAAUUACUAGAAGGCAUUGAGGAGGAGUUCGGCUGUGCCGGUGAUUAG